AUGAGACCUCAAUUACUAUUUUAUUUAGAAGUAUUGAAGAAAGGAGUAUUAAUAUAUGAGAAGAAAUUGAUAAUGUAAUUUAAAAGAUUAACAGAAAUAGAAAGUAAUAUAUUUAAUAGGGAAGAAUGUUAAAUCUGGGUUAUAGUAUUUAAUAAUCCAAAGGUUAGUAGAAAACAUACCAUAGUAUUAUAAUCUAAGAAUACAAAUGAAUUUUAUAUAUAUUUACACAUAGAACAUAUGUAAAUAAUUUAAUGA